AGGGGCGGGGAGCGCGGAGCCCGUGCGCCUGCAGUGUGCGUGUAGAAGGCGGCAGCGAUGCUCAACUGCUGGGAAGCCGCGCUGGGCGCCGCCGUCUCCAUCCCCGUCUUCCUAUUCGUGGCAGCGCCCUACAUCAGGCGGUAUGUCGCUGGAGGACGGUGUAAGUCGACAGCACGGCUGGAGGGGAAGGUGGUGAUAAUCACAGGAGCCAACACAGGCAUCGGGAAGGAGACUGCCAGAGACCUCGCGCGAAGAGGUGCAAGGAUAAUUAUUGCCUGCAGAGACAUAGCAAAGGCAGAAGCUGCGGCCAGUGAAAUCCGAGCUGACACAGGGAACCAGCAAAUCAUUGUGAAACGACUGGACUUGGCUGAUACAAAGUCCAUCCGGGAGUUUGCUGAGAAAUUUCUAGCAGAGGAGAAGGAACUCCAUAUUCUCAUUAAUAAUGCUGGGGUAAUGUUAUGCCCCUAUUCUAAGACUGCUGAUGGCUUUGAGAUGCAUCUGGGAGUCAAUCACCUUGGUCAUUUUCUCUUGACUUUCCUCUUGCUGGAGCGUCUGAAGCAGUGUGCCCCAGCCCGCAUCGUGAACGUGUCCUCGCUGGCUCAUCACGGAGGCCGAAUCCGCUUCCACGAUCUCCAGGGAGAGAAGAGCUACAACCGUGGCCUCGCCUACUGUCACAGCAAAUUGGCCAACGUGCUCUUCACCCGGGAGCUGGCCAGRCGGCUGCAAGGCACCAAAGUCACAGCAAACGCUCUUCAUCCUGGCUCUGUCUAUUCUGAACUGGUCCGGCACUCAUUUGUAAUGACUUGGCUGUGGAAGAUAUUCUCCUUCUUCUUGAAGACACCUUGUGAAGGAGCUCAGACCAGUAUCUACUGUGCAGUAGCUGAGGAGCUGGACUCUGUGACAGGACAGUAUUUCAGUGAUUGCCAGCCAGCAUACGUAUCUCCACGUGGCCGGGAUGAYGAGACGGCAAAGAAGCUGUGGAGCGUGAGCUGCGAGCUCCUUGGCAUCCAGUGGGACUGAGCAAUACCAAGAGUGUACCUGGCUGGACCCAGCGAUGCUUCYCUAGGGAAGAGCUGCUAGGAGACCUCAAGAGUCAAAUGCCGAGACUUCAGCUGCCCUAAGGACGGCUCUGUGGGCACAACCUAAUUCGAAUUUCUGGAGUAUUACACUUAAGUAUUGAGAUUUGUAAGCCCCAAGAAUCAGUACCUYUUCUUAGCUGGAGAAUUAGAGCACUAAUGCAGGGAGCAACCUGCUUGGUAUCUCACACAGCAGCUCAAGGCUAUGGUUCUCUGGCUUUAGAAUAGAAAGGGAGGUUGCAGUCUUAGAUUUAGAUUAUAAAGUAACAAUGAAUUACCUUACAUAAAGUUAGGUUGAUGUUUUUCCUAAAAGCAAUAGUAAAAAGGUAGGACUCCUAACUUGUGAUCUAUGAGGUUUCCUUCAGUUCCUACCCUUUGAACUGGCAGAGUGAAAGUAUUUUAGGAUAUUAGAUUUUCUGGCAAGUAAGGCAAUACAAAUGUUCUCAAACACACAAAAACAGGUGCUGGCCUUUCUGUGCCAAGCAUUAGGUAAAGUUUUUAAGUGGAAUCACUUUUUUCUGCAUGCUCUGUAAGAAGCUGGACCCUAGCCACUGAGAUAUCAGACCCUAAAUGCCCACUGAUCGCAUUAUGUUAACUGCAGGUUGGCAAAUCUUCUGAGAACCAGCUUUUGGUGUAGGUGACUAGAAGGUUAAGAACUGCAGGAGUGCUGCAAUUUUGCAGAGCCAAGUUAUUAAAAGAAUCAAUAUCUCUCCUGUGAAGCACUGAGCAAAGAUGGUGUAAAAGUUGUCACAGUAAAUCCCCCACCUGCACUUUAAAUUACUUUAGAACCUAGAAAAUAGAGUAGAAUGAAUAAAGAAAAUUUCAGCCCUGUUAAAAACCUAUUAAACAACUUCAGCUGAGACUUAAAUGACACCAAACUCCCUAGGGCUAGAUAGCUGRAGCAGGAGGUGGGACUAUCUUGGUAUUAUGGUCAAGCUGACUACCGGACAGGAAAGUAAGACUUGCACAGAAAUCCUUGGAUUUGUCUGCACAGCAGUUACCAAGGGUGCCAGCAUGCCCAUGCAGGACCACACAGCUUGCACUUCACAAGACAGCUGCCUCAGGCCACACAGCAGUGGGACUGCUCCCUUGGAACUCCAGUGCAACUUGAGUGCAAAUUGCUAGAGUGUGAUCCAUAAUCAGGGAUUAUUUCUGUAAGAGUUUAGCAGUCAGAAACAGAGUGCCACAGCUCAUAGGAUUAUCUUCUGCAUCUGAAAAAAAGUCUGGAAGUUUUUGGACUUGCAUAUGAUCCAGUCACUGUGACCAACUGCCAGUUUUGGAAAACAAAUGCUAAUUUUAAUUCUUUCUGUCUGGAUGCUAUCUAUGCAGAUCAGUUCUGUGCUACCUCUGAGCAAUACUAAAUAAAGCCAUUUUCCUUUUACAA